AUGACGGGCGGCCGACCAGGCGAUCGAGGCGGCGCGAGCCGCAGCAAUAGCCUGCGCGGGCCGGCGCCGUACCUGCACAGCGCCCGCGAGGAGCAGCUCUACAAACUCGUAAGUGACCUUAGCGAUGCAUGUCGUCAAGACAACAAUGCAAACGCCCUUCGGGACAUGCAUCUCAUCGAGACUCUGGAGAAGAACGCCAAGGACAUCUUAUCGCACCGCUCCAACAACAACAGCUCGAUGAUCGAAGACAAGCGCCGGCGACUCUCGGUCGAGCGCAACGCCAACAGCGACGAUGAAGGCGCGCGGCUCGGCCGCGACCGAAGCGUGCCACAGCCGACCGCGCCGACCCGUUACAACAUGCCCACGUUUUUUUCGAGAUCGAAUCUCGGCCCGAGUAUGCGCGGACCACCGGCCAAGCCCGCUCGACCGCCGGCGCGCAGUGGCAUGGCCGCCUUCGCCGACGACGACGACGACGACGACCACAUCCCGAACUACGCGUCACGCGAGACGGCCAUCAAUGCCCGCGACGCGCUCUGCUCGCUCGACGCGCUCUCGACCGACGAGCUCGACAUGCUCGGGUCGUCGAGUGCGUACGGUGACGACAAGCGCGACGCGAAUGACGACGAGGACAUUGAAAGCAUCAUGAACCAUGCCAAGGGCAGCGUCUUGAACCAGUAUGGCCCGCCGUCGCCGUACGGCCAGCCGCAAAAGCCUCGCGCCAACAGCCGCGAGAUCUUUCGGCAAACGACCGUCGAGCGCAAGACGAGCGCGCCGACCAAGACGUCGAGCCAGAGCAUGGUCCAGCAGCGGUCGGCGACGUUCCUCGACGCGCCCAAGAAGUCGGCGGACGGCAACUGGAAAGAGGGCGGCGACUACGUGUACACGCACCUCGGGUCCAAGAUCUUCGGCAAAGCGACCAAGGACAAGCUCAUCUCGGUCUCGUCGUCGUCGCUCGGCCCCCGGAGCAAGCCGUCGUUUGCAGACCCGAAGCUCUCGGAGGUAUCGUCGCCGCAGGCCAAAGUGAGUUUGAUGGGCCGCAGCACGGGCAGCGGUGACUCGUACGGCGGGUCCGAGUCGGACGACGGCUACUUGCCGCUGCGCGGGUACCAGUCGUACCAAAAAGAGUCGACGUCGCCCGACACGCGCCGCCUCGACGUCCUCGAGCGCGACCGGAAUGCGCUGCAGGAGCGGCUGCGGUCCAUGGAAGCCGACUUUGCCGCCAAGAUUGCGUCGCUGGAAGCGUCGGUCGCGGAGAAAGAGGCGCGCUGUGUGCUGCUGUCCGACCAAGUGCGGACGGCCAACGCCGCGACGGAGGCGCUCACACACCAAGUCGAAGCGAACGACGCGCAGUGGAAAACGCAGUUUGAGGCCGCGCAUGCGUCGCUGGAGGCAACGCUCGCGCGGCUCGAGCAGGAGAAGGCAUCGCUUUUGUCUCGGCUCGAGACCUACGAACCGAAGCGGCCGUCCAGCAUCAACCUCUUUGCGCAGCGCAUCAUUUGGCACCUCAAGGAGAUUCUGCGCGAAGACGAGGCCGAGGCGAGCAGCAGCAGUGAGCAGCAAUCGGAAGAGGCCCGCGCCAAGGCCACGCGCGUCUCGGCGCUUGUGAACCGGUUUGAAAAGUCGAACGCGCAAGUGCAAGCCAACUUUGCGCAGCAACUGCGGCACGACAUCAAGACGAUUGGCAUCCGUGCGUUCGAAGAGCACCCGGAGAACGUCGCGUCGAAAGCCAAGCUCUUGGAGACGAUUGCGGAUCUCGAGGCGCAACUCAAGGAGCAGAGCCGUGCCAUGGACGCGCUAUCCGAGGAAGCCAAGAACCAGCAGAGCCAGCUUGAGAUGGCGCUCCAGACAGCGAUGGAACGCGACGCUGACGUGAUGGACCUCGAGUCGCAGAUCCAGCGGCUUGCGCAGACGAACGACGCGGCGACCAACUCGGCCCACGACGCGACGCUGCUGCUGCUCAAGGACAAGACGUCGCAGCUCGCGGACGCACGCGCGGCCAUGGCGCAGCUCGAGGCCGAUGUGUCGACGCUAAACGAACACGUGGCCCAGCUCACGAGCACGGCCGAGGCGCGGGAGAAGGACCUCUCGGCGGCCCGCGCCGCGCUCAUCUCGGCGACCCGCGACAGCAGUGAAGCCAACCAUGUGGCCGAGCUCACGCAGGCACUUGAGGCGGCGACGCAGACCCAUGCGACGCAGCUCCGGGCCGCGUCGACCAAGACGCAAGACGAGAUAGCGGCGUUGAAAGCCCAGAUCGUCGCGCUCACGAAGGUGUCGAGUACGGAUGCUGCUGCCUAUGACGCGCUGUCGGCAGCCAAGACCAAGAUCGCGGCGCAGGAAGCCGAGCUCUCGACGCUGCAGGCGACGAUCGAGGACCUGCGGCGGCAGCUCGAAGACGCGCUGGCGCCGACCAUCAACCCGAUGCCGGCCGACGAGUGCGUCAAGAAGGUGCGUUUUGAGGACGAUGUGCUCAAGAGCGCCGACUCGACGUCGACGGUACAUCUCCAGCACAUUCUCAAGAAGCGCGACGAGGAGCUGCAUGACCUCAAGACGGAGCUGUACGAGCGCGCGUGUGACGUCAAUGCGCUGCGUGCCGAAGUCCUCGGCAAAACCGAGACGAUCGAGCUCUUGUCCAAGAAGCUGGCGGCCAAAACCAACACGAGUCUCGACAAGGCACCGACGUCGACGAUGGUGACCGCUAACCCGCAGACCACGUCGAUGCUGUUGGCCAACCCGGACAUGGCCAAGAUGGAGAUGUUCCUCUUCAACUCGCUCUGCGCCAAGCAGCAGGAAGUCGACGACCUCCUCGUCGAGCUCGAUCGCCGCGAAGAGGCUGUGCGCGCUGUUUGCGCGGCCGAAAUCGAAGCGCUCCAAGCCGAAGUCAAGGUGCUCGAAGAGCGGUACACGGAGAUGUCGACGGCGCUCAAGCUCGCACACGAACAGCAGUCGCACCUUGAAACCGAGACGGACAUGCAGCUCAAGAGCAUCGAGAACAAGCAAAAGCAGAUCAAGUCGCUGAUUUCGCUCAUGGCCGAGAAGGAGGCCGAGCUCGCGGAGCUGGACGAAGCACUCGCGAUCGCCGAGAUGCAGGUCGAGCACCUCAAGGCGACGUACCACGUGUCGUUUACGCUCGAACAAGAAGAGGCGUUUGCCACCGCGUACGAGGAAGGCGGCCGCAUGAGCUCGUUCUCGAUGAAGGCUGGCCGCGAGUCGUUCGCUGAGCGCGGCAAGUUUUUCGAGCGCAUGAGCCUGCACAUGGACGACACGGACUUUGAGAUUGAGGACCUCGCGCCGUUCCGGUCCCGCGCCAGCUCGACCAACUCGCUUCUCUCGGACAAGGGCACGCGUAGCAGUACUACGCAGCUCAGUGCCACGAGCAAGCCGUUCGAAGACGACAUGGAGUACGGGUCGCCGCGCUUUAGCAACCUCAGCUACGGCUCGGCACGCGACUCGAACAUCUCCGUGACCGAGUGGGACCCCGAGUUUUAAAACCACUCGGUCUUCUAUCUACACUAUCUAUGGCCCCAUCAAUCUGCCACGAGGCGCAGCGACCGAAGCCGUUGUCUCGUCGGCGUCCCCGUCGUUUCUUCCCUAAUCCCUUAUCCAGCACAUAUCGUGACUCGUC